CGCUCGGCCCGCACCCUCUCGAUGCGAUCGGGUCGCGUGUGCUUCUCGUAUCCAUCUUCAGCGCCAUCGCUACAUCACCGCACAACGUCAUUUGGCAGCGACAGGUGGUUUCGCUUUCACGAUCUCGCGCGAGUGUGAACCCGUGAGUGUCUCUUUCCACCGGUUAGAGGAAAAAACCGCUGCCAUGGCGGCGAUGCGUGCAUUCUGGAACAGUCCCGUGGGGCCGAAGACUACGCACUUCUGGGGUCCAGUGGCGAACUGGGGUUUCGUACUUGCGGGUUUGGUGGACACGCAGAAACCUCCCGAAAUGAUUUCGGGAAACAUGACUGGCGUUAUGUGCGUAUACUCGGGUCUUUUCAUGAGGUUCGCUUGGAUGGUCAAGCCAAGGAACUAUAUCCUUCUUGGUGUCCAUGCUUCCAAUGAGUGUGUGCAGCUUUAUCAGUUCCAGCGUUGGUAUCGAUGGUAUAGCACUCAGGCUGACGUGGAACCCAAAAUUGCAGAAUCCUAGGCACAGUCCUUGUUAGAAGUAGUUCUGCAUUGCCUUAUGAUUUCACCACGGUUUUGACUGUGCAGUGAUUCGUUCCUCGAAAUUUUUGAGAAGCGUUUACCUUACACUGCACUACUCUCCGCAGUUGAGAUUGGUUUCUACACAUUUUAUGUUGUUAGAUAAGUUUUCUUAGACAAAUAAUCUUAGAAAACAGUGCUUCUCAACACCGUUGUAUGUCAUGUCACAUCACUUCAGCCUCCCGAAAGAAUAGGUGCUGUUGUUUCUAUUGAAAAUAAUUAAUCUUGGGUGUCAGUUUGUAGCCCUGUGGGGUGGUAAACCUGUUUCUUUACUUGUGAUAAGAAAUAGGGACACAACAUGUGGUUGAGUUUUUUUUUUCGACUCUAAUGGGGUCAACCUAAUGCAUUGGUUAGUGUUGGUGGUAACAGAAGGCAUCUGAGACCCUAACACUCCACUAGCAGAGAAGCAUAUCAACCUA